AGCUAUCGCUCAUUCAGUAGCCUUGUCAUGCGAGACUGAUGAGAAUUGUGGAUCUCCCUAUGUGGUGUUCUUCACAUAGCGUUUAAAAGGUGGUCGCGCGAGACGGGCACCCACUCUGAGGCACCACCGUCACUCUCCUUGCAUCGUACUCCCUCAAGUCCUGCUCUGGAACUAUGGCAGACUUCAACGAGAAGGUAGCCGACCCAGUUGGAGGACGCACAGAACCCGUUGACGACGAGGAGAAGCUCUCGAAGGAGGAUUUGAAUUCUACGGAGACUGUCGAUGAUGUCGAGCAACUGAAGAAGACAGAGGAACUUGAGGCUCGUCUCGCUAGCGGGGAGGCUAACGACGACGAGUACAAGGUCGAGACGGCACACGACGUCGCCAUUAAAGUACUUAGUACCCGUGACGACGUGGAUUUACCGAUUCUAACGUUUCGAAUGUUCUUCCUCGGUCUUGGGUUCUCCGCGUUUGGCUCUGUGUUGGCGCAACUAUACUAUUUCAAGCCACAAACACUCUCAGUUUCUCAAGGGUUUCUCUUGAUCAUAACCUACUUUGUUGGCAAGUUUUGGGAAAAGGUCGUUCCACAGAAGGGCCUGUUCAAGUGGAUCAACCCUGGCCCUUUCAACAUCAAGGAACAUGCGGCUAUCAUCAUCAUGUCGUCAACGGCUAGCAAUUCUGCGACAGCCAUCCAGGUCAUCUCAGUCCAGUCAUUAUACUACAACAACCAGGUCAACCCUGGAGUCGCCAUCUUUACUUUGCUAGCCUCUCAACUUAUUGGCUAUGGCUUUGCUGGUCUCCUCCAAGAAGCGCUUGUGUAUCCCUCAAUUUGCUUCUGGCCCACGAACAUCAUGUCCGCUAACAUGUUCCAAGCCCUGCAUUUCGAUGGCGGUUUGGGCAGUAAGCGAACCAAGCUCUUCUGGGGCGUCUUUCUCGCCAUCUUUUGCUACGAGAUUAUUCCCCAAUGGAUGUUCCCCCUGAUGACUGGUUGGACCAUCUUCUGCCUCGUCGACCACAGUCACGCCACCAUCCGCAACAUCUUCGGAGGGGCCAGUAACAAUGAAGGCAUGGGUUUGUUGGCUGUGUGCUUGGAUUGGAACUUGAUUGGAUCAUCCAACAUGUAUAUUCCGCUAUGGACUCAGCUGAACGAGGACAUCGGUAUCAUCUUCACCUAUAUCCUGAUGUCCGCAGUGUACUACGGCAACAUCUGGCGCGGAAAGGACUUCCCCUUCAUGUCACAGGCAUUGUUCGACACCGAGGGCAACCAGUACAACCAGACUGCAAUCCUGACGAACGGCAAAUUCGACCCGGAGAAAUUCGCGGAGAUUGGUCCCGCCUUCUUUUCGGCCACCAACGUCCUCAGUCUGAUCACACAGAAUUUGGCCAUGGGUGCGACUACGGUCCAUGUAUUCCUCUUUUACUGGCAAGAGAUCAGGCCGUUUGUCCUUGCGCUUAAUCCCUGGAACAAAGAGAAGACCAUCGUACAUGACGAGCAUUACCUCAAGAUGCAACGGUACCGGAAGGUACCCCGGUGGUGGUUCAUCGCUCUUCUCGCCGUUGCCUACGGCAUGGCACAGGCGACCGACUACACAGGAAACUCUCACUUCACAUGGUGGCAACUCACAAUCAUCCUGAUCCUGUCAUUAUUCUUCACCGCCGUUUAUGCCACUACGUCCGCUAUUCUGGGAUUUAAGCAAUUCGGUGGAGGGCUUAACGGAUUCUAUCAGAUGAUUGCGUCAUAUAUGGCUCCUGGAGAUCCUGUGGCGAACAUGUACGCCGCACUCUAUGGAGGCCAGCCCACCGUUCAAGGUAUCCAGCUUCUUCAGGACCUGAAGCUCGGCCAGUACAUCAAGAUCCCACCCCAAGUCAACUUCGUCGUCCAAAUCCUCGGAUGCAUAGUCGGCGCUAUUCUGAACUACGUUAUGAUGCUGUCCAUCAUCAACGCGCAACGUCCGGCUCUCCUCUCCAUUGCUGGGACUCGUCUGUGGUCAGGUCAGAACGCACAGAGCUACAACUCAAAUGCGAUAGCGUGGGGUGCCUUGGGCCGAGAGAUGUUCAGCGCUGGAAAGAUAUACUACAUGGUCCCCGCCGCUCUUGGUCUUGGUUGCUUACUCCCUAUCCCCGGAUACAUCCUCCACAGGAUGUACCCCAAGAACACCUUCUUCGCCAACUUCAAUACUGGUGUCGUCGUGCAAUAUUCAUGUUUCCUCUCCGUCGGUAUCAAUACAUCGGUCAAUAUCUCCAUGGCCAUCGGCAUCAUCUCUCAGUUGUGGGUCAGGAAGAGGUACCCGAGAUGGUUCACAAAGUACAACUACAUCGUCGCAGGUGCCCUUGACGGCGGAACCCAGGUCAUCAGUUUCAUUCUCAAUCUCGCCGUCUUCGGGGCCGUUGGCAACGCGCAUGCCUUCCCCGAUUGGUGGGGUAACGAUCUCAGCCUGUCUGCGGACAGGUGCCUUGCACCACCCAAUUGA